AUGGACGUGCCCGAACCCGAGCAGACUCCAUUCACUGCCGUCACGGCACAGACUUCCAAACUCGCACGGCAAUAUCAAACCUACCUCGAUGCCUCGACACCUUUCACAGCCUACCGCUGGACUGGCACCGUCGUUCUGCUCCUGAUCUUCUUUUUGCGAAUUGUCCUCGCUCAGGGAUGGUACAUCGUCGCCUACACCCUCGGAAUCUACCUCCUGAACCUCUUCCUUCUCUUCCUGCAACCCAAGUUCGACCCCUCCCUGACCCAGGACGAAGGCCUGGAGGACGGUGAUGCCGGCGCGCCCAGCCUCCCCACCAAGCAGGACGACGAGUUCCGGCCCUUCAUCCGCCGGCUCCCCGAGUUCAAGUUCUGGCACUCGGCGACCCGCGCCAUCGCCAUCGGGUUCGUCUGCUCGUGGUUCUCGGUCUUCGAUAUCCCGGUCUUCUGGCCUGUCCUGGUCGUGUACUGGAUCAUGUUGUUCAUCUUGACGAUGCGCCGCCAAAUCCAACACAUGAUCAAGUACCGUUACGUGCCCUUCUCCUUUGGAAAGACCCGAUACGGCCGCUCGUGAUUUUUUUCUUGUCAAUCCAUUUCAAGAAAGUCAAAUC